AUGUGUAGAUUUAAUAACGUAUGCGAACAAGAGGCUCAACCAGAUCCAGUAAAACUACCCUCAGCACCCAAAACACCACCAUCACAACCAGAUGGUGCCGAGCAAAAGAAAGAGGGAGCUGCAGCACCACCAUCAAGACCAGGUGAUGCACCGCAGAAGGAAGCUGAAGUUGCUGCACCACCAUCAAAACCAGCACCUGAGAAACCAGAAGAGCCUCACUCACUAGCAGCCGAUCCAGAAGAAAAGGAUGGAGUAUCGCAGUCGAAUAGUCCACCUGAAUCACCAGAUGGUACGUCUCCACAGCAACCAGUUAAUGCAUCAGCACAGGGACCAGAACAUGCGGAUCAAAAGCCAUCAGAUGUUGCAAAUUCUCCGGAAUCACACCACGCAGGAUCUGAUUCCCAACCACCUGCCGAAGGACAUAAGUCGGACCCGGAGCUCCAGAAUCUUUGGAACAAGUUGAAGAAGCUUCAUAACUUUCUUGUUGACAAUGCCCAAAUAAAUGGUUAA